AUGACGGUGGACAACAAGAAGAGAGUCACGCCCGGCGCACCAGGCGUGCCAUUUUACACUCCAAUCCAAGAGCCGCCGGUCGGCACAGCAAUCGCCUCCCAAGAAACCGAGGUUCCAACCCUUUUCAAACCGCUCACGAUUCGUGGAGUAACGAUUCAGAACCGCUUUGCCGUGUCGCCGAUGUGCAUGUACUCGGCCGACGAUGGACACCUCACGGACUUCCACCUCGUGCACCUGGGUGCCUUUGCGUUGCGAGGCGUUGCCUUGACCAUCAUCGAGGCCACCGCGGUCGCGCCGAAUGGGCGCAUCAGCCCAGCGGACUCGGGACUCUGGCAAGACAGCCAGAUCGCGCCGCUUCGGCGUGUGGUGGACUUCAUCCACUCCCAGGGGCAGAAGGCCGGCAUCCAGAUCGCACACGCCGGCCGCAAGGCGAGCACUGUUCCCCUCUGGCAGGCCAAGGUCGAGGCUAAGCAACUGGCCACGGAGGACGUCGGCGGCUGGCCCGACAACUGCGUAGCCCCGAGCGCUAUCCCCUGGGACAAGGAAGGCUGGCCGAUGCCCAAGGAGAUGACCAUUGCGCAAAUCGAGGAAGUGGUGCAGGGAUUUGCGGAUGCUGCGAAGAGGGCAGUGGUUGCGGGCAUCGAUGUGAUCGAGAUUCACGGUGCGCACGGCUAUCUGAUUUCUGAGUUCCUCUCGCCAAUUUCCAACAGGCGAACGGACAAGUAUGGCGGUAGCUUCGAAAACCGAACUCGGCUUUUGUUCCAGGUUGUCGAUGCCAUCCGCGCCGCCAUCCCUGAGUCAAUGCCGCUUUUCUUGCGCAUCUCAGCCACGGAGUGGAUGGAGUGGUCAGGUCAGGAAAGCUGGACCCUCGAGGACAGCAUUCGUCUAGCCAAGCUGCUGCCCGAGCACGGCGUCGACCUGUUGGACGUCAGUUCGGGCGGGAACAAUGCCCAACAGAAGCUCGACAUCCAUCCUUACUACCAGGUCAGCCUCGCCGGAAAAGUUCGAGAAGCUGUCGAGGCCGAGGGCAAGAAACUGUUGAUUGGCGCCGUGGGCAUGAUUUCCAACGCCGAGAUGGCGCGAUCGAUUGUGCAAGAAGGUCACAAGCUCAACGAGGAGGCGGCAAAGAAUGGCACCGUUGAGAUUGAGGAGGAGCAUGGACAAAAGACACAGGCCGACCUGGUCCUGGUUGCGAGGCACCUGUUGCGAGAGCCUGAAUUCGUUCUCAAGACUGCACGCCAGCUCAACGUCAAGGUGUCUUGGCCCAAGCAGUAUGAGCGUGGGGAAUGGCCGCGCAGUUUCAAGAUCUAA